CCCGGCAGCGACCUCCCUGCACUGAGAGAGACCCAGAUAACAGCAUCAUCCUGUCAAGAGGAUACAGCCAAAGACGAAAACGAAAGGAGAAAACAUGGCGCUCAUUCCUUCCCAGGUUUUAAGGGUAGCGAUUCUCUUGUCGUAUUUCUCCAUCCUCUGCAAUUAUAAAGCAAUUGACAUGCCCGCUCAUCAAACUUACGGCGGUAGCUGGAAGUUUUUAACGUUCAUAGAUCUGGUCAUCCAGGCGGUCUUCUUCGGCGUGUGUGUGUUGACGGACCUCUCCAGCCUGCUGACCAAGGGCGGUGAGAGCCAGGAACAGGAGCGGCAGCUGAAGAAACUAAUCGGCCUACGGGACUGGAUGAUGGCUGUCCUGGCCUUCCCCGUGGGAGUGUUUGUGGUGACCAUGUUUUGGGCUCUCUACCUCUACGACAGAGACCUGGUUUACCCAAGACUACUAGACAACUUCAUACCCCAGUGGCUAAACCAUGGAAUGCACACCACAGUGCUUCCCUUCAUCUUAAUUGAGAUGAGAACGACACACCACCAGUAUCCCAGCAGGUUCUGCGGACUGCUUGCGGUGUGCACCUUCGCAGUGGGAUAUGUUCUAUGGAUGUGCUGGGUUCAUCAUGUCACCGGGGUGUGGGUCUACCCUCUACUGGAGCACAUCGGCCCCGCUGCCAGGGUGAUGUUCUUCUCCUCGCUGACCGCCCUGAUCAACGUCUUCUACGUCCUGGGGGAGAUACUCAACGGCUACAUCUGGGACUGCUCAAAAUGUGUUCUGGACUCAGACAAACCCAAAGCAGACUGAAACCCUGGACAGAAGAGGAAGUGUCCGUUUACUGUGCUAAGCUCUCAGCACAAACCAGCCACUCGCGAAGCCACAAAAACAGAAGCAUAUCCAGGACCUGAGAAAAGAAAUCUUGUAUAAAUAGCUGGGAGAACCAUUUCUUUCUUUUUUCUUUUUUUUUUUAAAGAAGCUAAGCACUACUUUGCCAGCAGAACUCCUGAUUGGAUCGUUAUGACUGUAACCAAGAACUUCUGAAAGCCUGAAAAUUACCAGUGAGAAAUUACUGUGAGCACUCCCAUCAAUGACACUUAUCGCUAAGGCAAAGGUCUAGAUAUUCAAGAAUUAAUCUUUUAUCACCUUGUUAACAUAUUCUGAAGUCCCAACUAUGAUUUUAAAGCCUAAUUUCUUAUACUGUUUAUCUCAUGUUACAUUAUCUUCUUUCUUUUUUUAGGGGAAAGAUUUUGAUCUUAAGAUGCUCACAUGCAGCAUUCUGGUAGCCAAGGCUUUCUCUUGGUUAAUUUUUUUGUUCUGCCUGCAAUGGAAAGCUUUUGAUCAAAGCUGUUUCCCCUCACAGGAAGAUCAAUAGCAGCCUUUUCUUGAGUUAGAUAGUGUUCUUUGCAGCUGUAACGUGGGGUGCAAUUCAUUCUGGAACAUUCUACAACAGCCAGACUCUGGGAGUAGCUGCUAAUUCAAUGCUGCUUUAUCUUUAUCUAAAUUACAGUGUUCGAUUACCAUAGUUUUACUACUGAGGUCAUAAUGGAUGGUCUUCCAAUAAAAAGGCGUUAAGUUAUGUACAUUCAGGUAAGUGAUGAGUAACCAGACAAUCAGACAAGCUGAGGCAGUGAAUUAACUUUCAUUGGAGGCUUUUUCCCUAAGGGCAGCCGGAAAUCUCUGAGGAAUGAACCAUUGUUAACCAUCAGUUUUACGAUACAGUUAAAAUGUGAUGUUUGAUGAUUAAGAGGUCUUCUUGAAGAAACCGGUAAGCAUGUGUGAAACGGCUCCUCAGCGAUAGUGUUUGGUUGGAUGUGACAAGCACAUAGCAAGUAAAUGUCCUCAUGAGGCUCUGUAUAAACAAUGGUAGAGCCAAACGAAA